UCAGUCAUCACUUUAUAUGUAAAUAUUUCCAUUUUAAAAUUGUAUCAAAUUGUUACAGAAUCAGAUAAAAUUUCUUUAUUUCAUGCUGUUUUAUUUUUAUACUGAUACUAGAUACUGGUGAUGUCUCUAGAAUGUAUACACAGAACACAGAACCAUUAAAUACUGUGUUCCAAGUUUUCAAGCAGUAAAAAAUUGUUUACCACACAAGAAGCAAAACAACCACAAAGUUUUCUUCUUUUAGCGAUUAGCUUGUACAAAAAAAAAAACGUGCAGUGAGUGAUAUGAUUUGUUUUUAAUAAACAGCUGAUUACGAAAACAGAACUUCGGGUGACUACUCACCCCACAACACCACCAACAUGAAGGACUUCAGCCAAGUCUUCCUCCCUACACUCUACAGCAUCGUCUUCAUCGUAGGAUUCAUCGGCAACGGCCUGGUGUUGUGUGUCCUGGUCAAGUACCAUAAAAGAUCCAACAUGUCAGAUGUGUGCCUCUUCAACCUGGCCCUUUCAGACCUCCUUUUCCUUCUCUCAUUGCCUUUCUGGGCUCAUUACGCCGCCAUCACUCAGUGGGUCUUUGGGAGCUUCAUGUGCCAUGCAGUGACAGCACUGUACAUGCUGGGAUACUAUAGAAGCAUUUUCUUCAUGGUGCUCAUGACCAUAGACUGCUAUGCUGUCAUUGUCCACACCUAUAACUUCCUCUUUUCCAAGUACCGGUCUGUCAGAGCUAGCAUAGCCCUGAUUUUGUUUACGUGGACAGUUAGCCCUGUAGCUUCUCUGCCAAAUAUCAUUUUCUCACAAGUGAAGAAUGAAUCAAAUAGACGGACAUGCAGUUUGGAAUAUCCAGAAGGGACAUUGUGGAGGCUAUUCUCUUACAUCGAGCUGAACAUCCUUGGCUUAAUUAUUCCACUCUCAGUGAUGGUGUUCUGCUACUCACGUAUCAUCUCCAUCUUAAUGGCCAUGAAGUCUCAGAAGAAACACAAAGCUGUCAGACUCAUGCUGGUCUUGGUCAGUGUUUUCUUUCUCUUCUGGAUGCCAUACAACAUUGUGAUCUUCCUGAGGUUCCUGCAUCAAGUGGGUUUUAUGUGCACGCCUCAGUGGUAUCAGGACCUGCUAAUGGCUAUGCAGUUGGUGGAAAGCAUAGCGUUCACUCACUGCUGCCUCAACCCCAUCAUCUACGUUUAACCCUUGUUCAGGGAAAACUGACCUGGGACGUUAUUGGAGUUUCAAAAGGAAAACAGAAAUAAUUAAAAAUAUCCUUUACCAUAACAUUUGUGAAGGUUUGCAAACAAGUGUCAUUCAUUUUUGUGAUGAACUUAUAACUAAAAGACUAUCUAAAAGUAAUGAGCCAGUUUGACCCGAACACCACACAAAGUGUUAAGCUGCUUCAAGUGCAGUAACUAAAACAUCAAAAUGUCUUGCUUUACAGGUCUGACUACAGGAACCUGUCAGUAUUUUAUGUGUUGGCAUUUCUGCAUGGUACUUGCCCCAACACAUAGAUUCUAUCUAAGAGGAAAAUUACUAAUCUAAUCUAGAUUCAACAGCCAGUGCACUUAAAAUAUGCAUUAGUCAUCAAACAGCACAUAACAGACAUGUAUUGGCUUGAUUUGUCAGAGAAACUUUCUCUCAGGUAUUGCCUUUGACUCUGCCCUGUUAUUUGACAAGCAUGUAAAUGCAGGUGUCAAAUCAUGUUUUUUCCAUUUGAGACUACUGCCAAAGUUCAAAGUUUUUUAACCCCUGCUGAGUUCGAGAGAGUAAUUCAUGCAUUUAUAUUUUCUCGUCUGGACUACACGUGUUACUCACUGUCUUACUCUCUCUGCGUUGGUUUCCGAUUUAUUUCAGAAUAGAGUUUAAGAUAUUACUUCUUGUUAUUAAGCUCUUAAAUGGUCUGGCACCUUGUUAUUUAUCUGACUUUUAACAUAUCUGCUAGAUGUUUAAGGUCAAAUCAAACUGUUAAAGGUUCCCAGAUCAAGGUUUAAAAGAAAGGGAGACUGGGCUUUUGCCAUAGUUGGCCCCAAAUUGUGGAAUAGCCUACCUUUUUCUAUUAUGAUAAUUGUAGAAAAGGCUUAUAACAUCUGAGUCAUCCUGGGCUUGUUUUUUCCUCUGUAUGUACUAUUUCCUGUCUCAAUUGGUGUUUAAUUAUUUUGAUCUUGUAAUUUUUGUACAGCACAAUGGUCAUCGAUUGUUGUUUUAUUGUGCUAUAUAAAUAAACUAAACUAAACUAAACUAAACAAAGGUUUAGCACCUCUCUACCUGAGGUGCUCUGAGCAGGUCCCAGAUUAUGAUAUUUCAGUGGGUUUUUUUUUUUUUUUUUUCAUUUUACACUGUGUGAAAUCAUCCCAAUAUAACACAGUCUGAAUCCUAUAAUAGAUUGUGUGAAACGAUGUUCUACAAGUCAGAUUAAUAUAUAAUGAAGAUAGUCUAACAAUCAACCUGUGAUUAAAAUAACACAAACAAACAAAAAGUCUAUGUUUUGCUUAAAUCACUGGGGAGUGUGUUCCGGGUUAGUGUGUUCUGUCCUAGUGUUUCUGAGAUGAAGAUCCACUUUUACCACAACAACGGUAAAGUGUUUAAUGAAAAGGAUUGAACCAAUGCUCUGUUAACUAUAUUAGAAAGCUUAUGCAUUUUACCCAGUUGUUGACUAACAACACUUACCAGUUAACACUUAAAAAAUUAAAUCACUGACUGAUAUGUAAUUACUAUAAGGUUGUUUACAAUCACUGGAAAAUUUGUCCCACCACCAUUUGGAUGAAUGCACAUAAUUUUUUUAGCAGAUCAUGAUUUUGUCCCUGACACUUACAGGAAGUGUAAACUUUUAUAUAAUUGGCUACAAAUAUUCUAUAUUUUUCAUACAUGAUCCUGCAUUCUCAACGCUGCUGCCCGGCUUCCAUUCCCAGGCAGGGAACCGACACAGCCACUGAGGGUUAAACUCUCAGUCCCAAGCCCAGAUAAAAUGGGAGGGUUGCAUUAGGAAUGGCAUCCCACAUAAAACCAGGGGCAAAAUCAAAAUAUGCGGUUUGGAUGAUCUGCUGUGGCAACCACGAACAGGGAGCAGCUGAAGAACAACAACAACAGUGUAAACCAGGUGUGGCUUCUGCUUGGUUGUAAUGAAAACCUGCACCCAUAUCAGCCCUUUGUGGAUAAAAUUGGACAACACUGAUAUAAACCAAUUACAUUGUGAAAUCUCACAAGUAUGUUGGAGCUGAAGGGGAACUAAGACUAUAGUAUUUAAAUUUAGUCAGUCCAUAUAUGGUAGAGUAGUAGAGCAGUAACAUGUUUUUAUUGCAAAAUAGUUUAGUUGUGAGCUUCAUAUUUGAUCUUAUUCAUGGCUUCAGAAAUAUAUGACCAUUUUAAAUGUAUGAAAAUUAACUGUGUUAUUUAUUCAAUUCAGUCAUAUAGAUCUGAGGCAGGUAUUUGAAAUACAAUAAAUUCAAUUAGCUUUCAUAUUCAAGCCCAGUGGCGUAGCGUCUGGGUAUGCAGGGUAUGUACGUGCAUAUGGGCCCCGGGGGAUUGGGGCCCACGGAGGGGGAUCUUUUCAUUAAAACAAGGGAACAAAUUGAAGAGUUUAUUUGCAAAAACCGAUAAACACAAUUUUUACAAAAGAUGAACUCACUGUCGUUUGUUAUUCUCCAUUUAUCGCACGAUCUGAACCCUAAACAAGUUUUAUCAAAAAAGCCGGUACUGUCCACUUUCAAGGCAUCAAGAGUUCAUGUUUUACUGGAGAAGCCGACAAGUGCCCUUGUUGUUUGUAAGCAAAAACCGAUACUAUAUCCAUUUUAGUGAAUCAGUGUGCAGUAUUCAGGUCAGCUGACCAGGCUGCUGGUCACUUCAGAAAGACAUGCUUGCUGAGAGGAGUUUCGUCGAACCGGACUAAGUGAUUAAGUAUGAAUAAUUUUGACGAACUUGAUGAACCUGUAAUAUCUUCUACAGGGUGUAAAAGGAAAAUAAAAGCUGAAACUUUUUCACGGAACAUUGCUAAAGCAGCACGUUACAGUGGUGAGGGAAAAGCUCCCUGUAUUGCGUGUAAUUACAACAACAAAGUUUGUCAGGCAUCUGCAUGGUCAGCUGAGGAGAUUACAAAGACUAACUGACUUAUUCAGCCACCGAUAAAACUAAACAAGAUGCCACUGUGGUCAUACACAGAAAUCAUACCAACUGUGUACAUUGUGAUGUCUUGUUAUGAACUCUGGAUUGCUGAUUUCUGUCAUCUAGAAUGUUUAAUAUUGCUUAUUAAUGGACUAUUUUUACUGCUCUUUACCUAGACUACUUGUUUUAAGUUAAACAAUGUUAAAUAUUGCACUUAAAUGCAAUUACAAAGCAAUUACUUGGUUUUAUUUAACUGUGAAAGUUGAAAUGUGGAGUUAUCUGCUUUUGCGACUGUUGUAGAUAUCUGUUUUUGCUCAAAAACAGACUUUUAAUGAACUCCACCUUAACGUCAGCAAGACUAAGGUGCUGAUAGUGGACUUCAGCAGAAAGCAGGAGAGGAACUACCAGACCCCUGCAAUCAACAACAGUCCAGUGGAGAGCGUGGACAGCUUCAGAUACCUCGGUGUUCACAUCACGCAAGAUCUGUCAUGGUCCUUUCACAUCAACACCAUGGUGAAGAAGGCCCGACAGCGUCUCUUCCACCUCAGACGCUUGGGAGACUUUAGACUGCCUGCUAAGGUGCUAAGGAACUUUUAUUCCUGCACCAUAGAGAGCAUCCUGAUGGGAAACAUCACCACCUGGUUCAGGAACAGCACCAUGCAGGACAGACGAGCUCUUCAGAGGGUGGUGCGAUCAGCUGAGCGCAUCAUCCAUACCAAGCUCCCUGACCUGCACUCGAUCUACAGCAAGCGGUGCUGGACCAAGGCCAGAAAGAUCGUGAAGGACCUCAGCCAUCCCAACAAUGGACUUUUCUCUCUGUUGAGGUCAGGGAAGCACUUCCGCUCUCUGAAGGCCAACACUGAGAGACUGAGGAGAAGCUUCUUCCCACAGGCUGUAUGGUCUCUCAAUCAGAACCUCAUAUAGGACUCAACUGAUUAGACCUACUAUGCUCCUACACACGUGUUGGAACUCCAACCAACCACACCGGACAUUUACACAUUACAGGACUAUGGCACACAAUAAACACACAGAUGUACAUCUGCACAUUUGCACAUUUGAAGACUGUGCACACAAUACAACACAUAAACAUACAUGUUGCACAGUCUGCUUCUGUUUACAUACAAUUAGGACUUCUGCACAUCUGCACUUUAAAGAUGGACAAUACCAUUGCUCUCAUCACCUUAUACCACUUUGUGACCACCCCGUACUGCUGCUGUCUGCACCUUGGACACCUUGGACACUGUUGCACACUACACACUUCACUUUAUAUAAUUUUGCAAAAUUUUGUACUGCUGCUGUCUGCACCUUGGACACUAUUGCACUACACACUAUUCACGUUAUAUAAUUUUGCAUAACACAGUUGUUGUAUUUUACACUUCCUAUAUACAUAUUGUAUUUUAUAUACAUAUUCUAUAUACAUAUAUA